GUCAUCUCCAGUUGCUACUCCGGUCUCUCCGCGUUUAGAAAUGCUUUCAUUGAUUAUUAUACCGGUGUUAUAUUUGAAGUAUGGUGUAUGUGACCAAUUGGAUUCGUCUCAACUGGACCCGAACCCAAUCGAUGUGCAUCAUGUGAUCAAGAAGGCUGUACAUGAUUUAAGCGAUCGAGAGAAAGAUGAACGGAAAGCAAAGGACUACUCAUAUUCUCAGAUGAUCCCUAUCGAUGUGCUGGACAACGACCACGUGAUCAAAAAGAAAGUCAUCUAUCAACUCGGCGGUAGCAGCUCAAGUCAAGUUAAUAAAAAGUCAACAAGUAAACUUUUCGAGAAUGAUGAUCCCGAUUUACAGCCGAUUUACACGAGGAAUAGCGAAAGGAGGAAGAAGCCGUAUUAUUCGACUGAUGCCAGCACAACUGACGCAACAAGCCCUUACGGAAAGAAACUCUUCAAUAGGAAAACAUAUACUGACUUGGAUAACCAGUUUGAGUCCAACGAAGAGGAUCAGGUCCAUCUCGAUAUUGGAGGCUCGCAGAAUCCAUCAUUAGGAGAGUUUCUGAACAAUUACGCACAGAAAAUAAAGCAGGAGAAAUAUGGCAACAAGGAUGACUAUUCUGAUGACAUAAAAGCUGGCAAAGGUAAAAAAAGCUGGUCCCUGCUAAACUCCAAGCGACACAACCACCCUUAUGACGACCGCAAGGGUUGGAUAAGCUUGGAACCCAUUCCCUGGUCCGUGUCCAAAGUGUCCAAGUGGCAAAGCAUGUACAAACCUACAGAAAAGCCAGCAUGGCACUCUAGACCAUGGUUGGAUUAUCCAGAAACCGUACAAGACGGUGGCUACAAGUACGAGUACCCUACGACUAAUUCACUGAUAGACAAAAGGAAAUAUCAGGUAUACCCCGUGCAAAAUAAUGAACAAGGUCCUGAACCAAUGUAUCAAAAGCCCAGCUAUGGACACCCACCGCACCCCCACAACUCAUAUAAUGAAGACUACCUUCAAGAAGCAGACUGCGAUCAUAGACACUACAACAGGCCAUCACAUACGUACAACAGUUUGAAACCCCAUCAUUAUGCAUCUGACAGAGACCACGAGCCACACUCCUUAAUCACCGACGGCCUUCCAGCAAAUUUUCCACGCCAACAACACGGCGUGCUUUUAGAAACAUCUCCGGAUGGGGAACCAUCAUCAGUGGAAGGCGAAUGGGUACUGCUCAGUACCACCAAGGGAUAUAAGGCGCCAUCACGGGGCAGAACAGGAAGGCAGUUGACUGAUGUUGCAACAGUAGGUCAGUCACAAAGAGGAGAACGGAUGGAUAUCGGCACUCACAGAUCCGUGCGCUUGACCGUCCUCCCCCCGCUGAAAGGCUCUUCGGUCAACACGACGACCUCGCAUGGCGGUCUCCUUCAAGUGGAAUCAACCUUCGAAAGUGUAGAGCAAGCGCGAAAGAAGCAGCUAGCAACAGUGCACCGGUUGCGCAAAAAGAAGAAACCUCAAGACAACAACCAAUCACAAAAUAGACCCGAGGGCGAAACUGUACAAGCUGGGGCGAUUGCGACUAUGACGAGGAACCCAGGGGUGGAUAGUGGGGCUGUUCUAGCUGGGUUAGGAGCAGGCAUCAUCCCAGCCACUGUUGCCAUGCUUGUACCGAUGGCUUUGCAAGGGAAGAAAAGGCGGAAGAGGGAUCUGAGGCCUAGGGGCAUACCUUCUUAUGCGUUUUAAUUUAUUUAAUUUAUAUUAUUUAUUUUGUAUUUAGGCGGAAGCAGGACGGACCAUAACAUGACGGCGACCCAACUCAGCACAUGUAUUCAAUUCAAGCGUUCAUACACAAAAGACGGCAACACAACUGGACUGGAAAUAGUCGACUUCCAUUUGCCGACCAGUUGACGAUGUAUGCAACACCUAGCGCCAUCUAACGAUUGCGCCGAACAGUUACACAUAACAAACGAAACUAAAACGACGAUUGCCUACGGGAUUCUGAUCAAUGACGCUAGCCCCAUCUGUUAUCCUCAAGUUGAAUUAUAUUAUAAUAAAGUAUGUAUUAGUUAUAGGGAUCAGUCAUUGAAACAUUUAGUUUCCAAGUUGUCAUCUACUUUUAUUCUGUAAAAUAACAUACAACAUAUAAUAAGCAUGUAAGUAAAUACAGGACAUCAAAAAAAUGGCGUCAAGUCUGAUGAUAGGUACCUAUAUAACAUGUCCUAAAAGUUUUGGCAUAAAAUUCAUUGACUUUAGUUUUAACAAACACAAAAUAAUAUCAAAUUGCCUUUGAAAACAAAAGUUUGUUUAUUUACUUUACUGUCAGUUGAAAUUCAUUUAUUUUGGAGUUUUCGCUUUAAGUUAGAAAUAAGCAAAAGUAUCUACAAGUUGGUUGAGCGGGUACCCAAAGCUGAAAUCUGUCGAAUAUUCCAGAAUGAAACCUUUUGACAUAGAACCAUUUAUCGAACAAUAGCGGAGUGUGAGCAGGGAAUACCAUGUCUGAAUGUCCCAUAAACUGGAAUACCACGUGCAUUUACUAGGCAGAGAUCAGACAGAUUGGUAAGAAAACCGAAAAAUCAUGUUGGAAUAUCAAGAAGGAGGUGCAGAUCUUCUAAGGGUACGAUAUCGUUGGAAUUGAUGAGGAAUGAAUGGUCUUGAAUAUUGAAAGAAACUCAAGUGCCCAAAAUACUAUCAAGCGCAACUCCUUCGUAUACCAAGAUGAUCUUAGAUGACGAAAAGUAUUUCACUUUGAGUAAUUUUGAAAUUAAGGGAUACGACGGAUUUUAUAUGGACAACGUAGAGGAAUGCCCUGAUAAUGUUAGAUACAAACAUAAAGCGAAAUUGGCAGAUAAAAUCCUUGUAUGGUGCGCAGUUUCUAAUGGGGUGUAUCCCACCCAACUAGCAAAGUAGUGCUAUAAGCUUUUGGUAAAAGAACCGUUCAGCCAUAAAAGCUCUCUAUUGUUGAUGCCUGAACACCAAAAUGCUGGCUUAAUGUUGUGUGGAGUGCAAAUUUGCUUUCUGCAACAUAUUUGCUCUAAAAUGAGGUGUUUAAAAUAUUCUUAUAGCAUAGUUAAACAACACCUAAUAGGAAAAAUUUUUAACUGUUGCAUAAACGUUUAUACAACUAUUGUAUACGGCAUAUUUGCAGGUUAGUCAAAAUGGUUGUGUUGUGGCAUCCAUGGUAAUGUUUAUAAAACUAACCCGAGCCUUGUUGUUUUGCUGUGCAAAUUUACUACUUUAGCC